UGAGGUUGGCAUCAAGAGGGACUAGUUCGGGUAGCGGCGCCCGGCGUAGCGCAGGGGUCACAGCAACGGUGGCGGCGGCGGCUGACGGCUGGAAGGGCAGGCUUCCUUCGCCGCUCGUCCUCCUUCCCCGGUCCGCUCGGUGUCAGGCGCGGCGGCUACGGCGUCGUGGAGGCUGGUGGACUUCGUCCCAUCUCCUUUCCCCACCCGCACUCUUCGCUUCGGCAUCCCCCGACCCUUCAACCCCGGGACUGGGCGCCUCCUCCGGCGCAGCUCACGGAGCGGGGGCCGGUCUCCUGCUUGGCUGUCGCGCCUCCAUGUCGGAUAACCAGAGCUGGAACUCUUCGGGAUCGGAGGAGGACCCGGAGACGGAGUCCGGGCCGCCUGUGGAGCGCUGCGGGGUUCUCAGCAAGUGGACAAACUACAUUCAUGGGUGGCAGGAUCGUUGGGUAGUUUUGAAAAACAAUACUUUGAGUUACUACAAAUCUGAGGAUGAAACUGAAUAUGGAUGCAGGGGAUCCAUCUGUCUUAGCAAGGCUGUGAUCACGCCUCAUGAUUUUGAUGAAUGUCGAUUUGAUAUUAGUGUAAAUGAUAGUGUCUGGUAUCUUCGUGCUCAGGACCCAGAUCAUAGACAGCAGUGGAUAGAUGCCAUAGAACAGCACAAGACUGAAUCAGGAUAUGGAUCUGAAUCGAGCUUGCGUCGACAUGGCUCAAUGGUAUCUCUGGUGUCUGGAGCAAGUGGCUAUUCUGCAACAUCCACCUCUUCAUUCAAGAAAGGCCACAGUUUACGGGAGAAAUUGGCUGAAAUGGAAACCUUUAGAGAUAUCCUAUGUAGACAAGUUGAUACUCUCCAGAAGUACUUUGAUGCCUGUGCUGAUGCUGUCUCCAAGGACGAACUUCAAAGGGAUAAAGUGGUAGAAGAUGAUGAAGAUGACUUCCCUACAACACGUUCCGAUGGAGAAUUCUUGCACAGUACCAAUGGCAAUAAGGAAAAAUUAUUUCCACAUGUAACACCAAAAGGAAUUAAUGGUAUAGACUUUAAAGGGGAAGCCAUAACUUUUAAAGCAACCACUGCUGGAAUCCUUGCUACACUUUCUCAUUGUAUUGAAUUAAUGGUAAAACGUGAGGACAGCUGGCAAAAGAGACUGGAUAAGGAAAUUGAGAAGAGAAGAAGAAUAGAGGAAGCAUACAAAAAUGCAAUGGCAGAACUUAAGAAAAAAUCACACUUUGGAGGACCAGAUUAUGAAGAAGGUCCAAACAGUCUGAUUAAUGAAGAAGAGUUCUUUGAUGCUGUUGAAGCUGCUCUUGAUAGACAAGAUAAAAUAGAAGAACAGUCACAGAGUGAAAAGGUCAGGUUGCAUUGGCCUACAUCAUUACCAUCUGGAGAUGCCUUUUCUUCUGUGGGGACUCAUAGAUUUGUCCAAAAGCCCUAUAGUCGCUCUUCCUCCAUGUCUUCCAUUGAUCUAGUCAGUGCCUCUGACGAUGUUCACAGAUUCAGCGCCCAGGUUGAAGAGAUGGUGCAGAACCAUAUGACUUAUUCAUUACAAGAUGUAGGUGGAGAUGCCAAUUGGCAGUUGGUUGUAGAAGAAGGAGAAAUGAAGGUUUACAGGAGAGAAGUAGAAGAAAACGGCAUUGUUCUGGAUCCUUUGAAAGCUACACAUGCAGUUAAAGGUGUUACAGGACAUGAAGUCUGCAAUUACUUCUGGAAUGUUGAUGUUCGCAAUGACUGGGAAACAACUAUAGAAAACUUUCAUGUGGUGGAAACAUUAGCUGAUAAUGCAAUCAUCAUUUAUCAAACGCACAAGAGAGUGUGGCCUGCUUCUCAGCGAGAUGUAUUAUAUCUUUCUGCUAUUCGAAAGAUACCAGCCUUGACUGAAAAUGACCCUGAAACUUGGAUUGUUUGUAAUUUCUCUGUGGAUCAUGACAGUGCCCCUCUAAACAAUCGAUGUGUCCGUGCCAAAAUAAAUAUUGCUAUGAUUUGUCAAACCUUGGUAAGCCCACCAGAAGGAAACCAGGAGAUAAGCAGGGACAACAUUCUAUGCAAGAUUACAUAUGUAGCAAAUGUUAAUCCUGGAGGAUGGGCACCAGCCUCAGUGUUAAGGGCAGUGGCAAAACGAGAGUAUCCUAAAUUUCUAAAACGUUUUACUUCUUAUGUUCAAGAAAAAACUGCAGGAAAACCUAUUUUGUUCUAGUAUAAACAGUGUCAAAGCAAGGCUGUGUGACAUUCCAUGUUGGAGAACAAAAAGAAAAUAUUGAAUGCUCUAAGCUGGAACAUAGGAUCUACAGCCUUGUGUGUGGCCCAAGACCUUGACCUUGUGUACAAAAAUGAAGAAAUAUUGCAAUAGUAAAACUGAACAUCUAAUACUAGCUGUCUCGUGCUAGAUCUCCUGGCUCAGCAUAUAACUAUAAAUACAUGUAAAAUUACAUGUAUAUGGCUAUAUUUUUAUUUGCGUGCUCAGAAGAGAAAAAAAAAUCAACUUCAAAUCACAACUAGAAAUUGAUGCUUUAAUUUUGGGAAACUUUUUCAGAAUUUUUAAUUUCCUAUGGUCCAGCCUAAGAUUCUUGGUUGUCUCAGAGUUUGUGCACAAAAGAGAAGCACAAAAGUUAAAUGCACAUGGGGCAUGUGCUUUCUGUGCACCACAUAUCCAGAUAGGGUUCUUUUUCAGGCCUACAGUCAAACUCUGUGUCCAGAAUUUUUUUGAAUUUUUGCUUUGUAUAAUCAUAGAACUCAUUGCUGCUGAUUUCUAUAAUUAUUCAUGUUGUCAUGUAAGUGUCUUUUAAUAAUGAGGGCUGUCAAUAACGUGUGAUUUUGCCUUUUCUAUAGUCUUACUCCUAUGAAGAACCUUGGUUCUGAUGGAGAAAGAGUGAAAAGCUUUAUUUUUUUCCCCCAGAUAUCUUUAUAUUUCUAUUGUAUUUUUUAGUUGUGUACUAUGCUACAAUUUUUUUUCAAUUUAUUGCAAACACAAUUUAGUAAUUCCUAAAUUGGUUCUGCCUGCCUUCAAACAGAAAUAUUUGUACAAAUCUUGUGGAUAUAGACUACUUUCUGGUAAAAUGGUCAGGAUAAAAUGAGCUCACGUGUUCCUGAAAUUUGUAAAAGAAUAUAUGGUAUUACUUUUUAAAGCAAAUCAGACUGUUUGAAUUUGACAUUUUGAUUCAGUAUUUUUAGUAUUUAGUAACAGAUAUGUUUGUUGUAAUUCGGGUCAGUUUAAAAAAGUGGCAAAGGUAUGCAUAGAAAAUCUGAGCAGGGCUCCUCUCUGCCUCUUGAUCAGAAACCCUAGCAGAGCAGUAAAGGGUUAUACAUGAUUCAAACUGAAAUGCUUUCCCUAGUUACUUUAAGAACUUAACAUGUAAAAUAUCUUUUUUAGUUUUAGUCCUCUGUGAAAAAACCUUGAAGCAUGGAGUUGAGGCAAGGAAUGGUACUCGUUGAAGUCAAAAUGACUGCCCACUUCAAAAAUCUUCAUUGUGUUUAUACACAAUAUAUUUAUAUAAAUCAGAGGCAUUUUGUAGAUGCUUUGCUGUUUAUCUCUUUAGAAACAGAAAACAGACCCAUUUUGUAAAGCAGAAAAUCACGUCACAUAGAACAUGCCCUGUAUAUAUUCAUACGUGGUAAUGGAGUCUAAUGUAAAUGCAAGGUAAUAAUUUAAUGAUGGGAUUAGUCUGAUCACUUAAUAUGCAUAAUCCUGGAAGUAAAUUACUUGCAUCAGAUAUAGUGAUAUUUAUUAUUCUGUACAGAGAGAAAAAUACAUAUAAAACAUAUACUUACAUGCACGCAAAUUUCACGCUCCAUAAAUCUUUUCUAUUUUUUAAUUUACCUUUCUUUAAAUGAUGUGCAUGGAAUAUGCCUUAUUACAGAAAAAUACUGUUCAUAAUUUGACUGUGGAAAAGUGCCUAUAUGGUGGUAAUGUUAGUAAGGCAAAUAAGACAAAUUAUCAUACCAGUUUACUACAUCACCAGUUAACAUUUUAUAAUGUGAUGUUUAAAAAAAAAAAGUUUAUACCUCAAAUGUGUAUUUUAUUUUACAAUCAGCUGUGGGGUCGGGAUGGGAAAAUGGGAGGGAUUGGGAGGGAAAGUGUAUUCACCAUAGGCGCUGAUGGGAAUCUUAAAAAAAAAAAAAAAAAUCUCUAUGCCCACUAUAAAUGUUUCUCUGUUUGCCAUUUCUGGUAAAUAUAUGAACAUGGACAAGUAGCUCUUUGAUAACUAAAUUGGAUAGCUUUAUUUUACAAAAAUAUGGAAAGUUUACAAAGCAGUAUCUAAAUCUAAUCAUUAGUUGCAUUUGCACUAAAUGUGAUAUACUUUUGCAAUUUUUUCUGUAAAUAAAAAGAUUACACUAAAAAUAUUUGUAUUAAAAAAAGGAAGAAAAGUAAAGAUACAUUUUACAUUUAGAUAACUGCACUGGUACUUCACUGGAGUUAAUCCUGCCUAAUCAGAUUUAGAAAUGAGUUCCAGAAUAUGAAGAGUUCAAAAGAAGUCAAAAUUUGGAGAGGAACUGGCCUUUUAGACAAUAUUCAGACCCUCUAGAAUUAUUUUCAUAUGGCCAAUUCCUGUAAACUGAAUAUUCUUGAUGUUUUCUCAUCCACAGAUAAUUCUCUUUUCCCACUUUUACUGUUUUCUACUCAGUUACUCUUUUGUGCCGUGUUAGAAACCUGAAAAAUAUUGGUGUUGUGGGGGUUUUGUCCCUGAAUGCCCACUGAAUUGAGAGAGCAGUGUUGGAAUUAAGGACUUGUAAUUUUGCAGUGGGGAAGGAUCAUUGCAGCACUUAGUUUGGGAUUGCUGCAGAGGCAAGGGGAUGUUUCUAAGAGGUGUGAAGAAGGCAAAAUAAGGAGAAGGAAGAAUUGGUUUCCUGUUUGUUCAGUUUCAUCAACUAAUUGUACACCUAUACAUCAGUGUCAACUGCAGUUGAAAAAAUUUUCGUUGGGCUGAGCUGAUUCUCUUGUGAAAUUGUGCUGGUUAUCUUUAAGCUUAUUAGUUGUUUGUCCAAUUAAACACUUCACCAGUAUUUAGUCCAGGUUGUACAGAUAAUGUAUUUGGAUUAUUGUCAUUGUUCAUCUACAGACUCAAAACAUAAUCAUUUUAAAGUACCUUGGGAGUGUGUAGAGUGUAACUAUAAUAGCUUUAUGAUUAUGAUGAUUUUUUUAAAUAAUAAAGUUGGAUCUUCCAUGUUACAAUCACAAAAUUAAAACCAGUAUUUAAAAGUGGAAAAGUAUUAAAAUAUUAUGGACAAA